CUGGCUCGGAGGGGCAGAGAGGGGGAGCCCAGUGCGCAUUUACCGCUCCCGAAUGCGGGCUGCAGGCCCCCUCGGGAGGGUCUUCUUUAGCAGGGACUGACUUUUCCGCGGGAGACACCAUCACUCAUCUGGAAUUGCCCAUCCUGCCCUGACACGAUCCUCUGGAGAGGAGGAGUCCUCCUAACAGCCUGUCCCUGGAAACACUGCACACCCAGCGCUUCCCUGUGGCUAACUGACCGCUGUCUCCAAUGCUCCAGGAACAACCAGCCUUCACACAGGAGAAGGCAGCUUUUGAGAGAGAGCAUUUGUCUCGCUGCCUCUAAGGUGCCCCUCAGUUCUGUCUUCAGAGGGAGAUACAUGAUCCCAGAUGCUCUCUCAGGACUAACUGAUCCCUGUCUGUAGGAGACUGGUGCUCUGCAUGGCUUUCCAGAAGAUCUUCCUGACUUCCCACACAUACAAAGCAUCUCACUGGUGCCAGGAGCUUGCUGCUGGAGAUUGCUGCUCUCCCUCCUGUUCCCUGAGGCCUGAACUCUCCUCCGUUUCCUGCAUCGCCAUGGCCUGCGGAGGGUUCCUAUGUGCAAGUUGCUUCUGGGAAGACUGAGGUAGAAUUGAAAUGGGAGACUGAGGAGCAAGCAACGUUAUCUACCAGUUAGCAUGACCUGGGAGAGCGUUUGUGCAGUAUCCUCACUUGCUGCUGUCAGCACUGCCCUUAUUGGAGAGACUGGCUUCAUCCUACUGCCCAUCCAAGGGAGUCCUACAGCUUCUGAAAAUACCCAGUUCCUUGGUGUUGUCUCAGGAGCAAUCAAUGACCUGCUGUUUUCCAUGGGAACACCAGCAAAGCCAGCCCGUCUUCCCUUGCUGAAUCCCCUGACCCCUCUCUGAGGAGGAAACUUGCGGCCUGGCCUUACCCCUGAGGCAGGGUGAGGAGUUGGAUCCAAAUACGUCCUCAUCCUGCUUGCCUUAGAGCUGAUGCUGCUUCAGGUCAUUGAGAACAUCUCCUACUAAUUCAGCAUGACAUAAUAUCUGGCCUCCUGCCCCAUCCACAGGAUAAGUUUCUUGCUUCUUCUUGGUCUAUACAGAUGUGACUCCAGGUGUUCAGCUGUCUUGUCUGGUACAGGGUUUUCUAUAAUACUGUCAUAAUGCAGACACUGGCUAGUAGGUCCUGUUCAGGGAAUAUUCCUCAGAAGUCAACAAGUGAGUAUGGCCUCUGACAGUCCUGUAGGAUCCUCUGUUCUCUGCUCUGUUCUGGAGUCCCCGAAUCUCAAGCGCCCUGGGAUGCCAUCAGGAGCUCGAAUGCCCCAUCAGGGGGCUCCCAUGGGUCCUCCAGGCCCCCCAUACGUCGGAAGCCCCUCCGUGCGACCUGGGAUGCCCCAGACUGUGAUGGAAACAACAAGAAAACGCACUGCACCACAGCAGGUCCAGCAGCAGCAGGUGCAGCAGCAGGUGCAGCAGCAGCAGCAAGCCACCCAGAACCGAGCUAGGAGUGCCAAGAGGAGGAAGAUGGCUGACAAAAUUCUCCCUCAGAGGAUCCGAGAGCUGGUUCCUGAGUCCCAGGCCUACAUGGAUCUCUUGGCCUUUGAACGCAAGCUGGAUCAGACCAUUAUGCGGAAGCGUGUGGAUAUUCAGGAAGCGCUGAAGAGGCCAAUGAAGCAAAAGCGGAAACUGAGACUUUACAUCUCCAACACAUUCAAUCCUGCGAAGUCGGAUGCCGAGGACUCCGACGGCAGCAUUGCCUCGUGGGAGCUGCGCGUGGAGGGGAAGCUCCUGGAUGACCUCAGCAAACAGAAACGGAAGUUUUCGUCUUUUUUUAAGAGUUUGGUUAUAGAACUGGACAAAGAUCUUUAUGGACCUGACAACCAUCUUGUGGAGUGGCACAGAACUCCCACGACCCAGGAAACGGAUGGAUUCCAGGUGAAGAGACCUGGGGAUGUCAGUGUGCGAUGCACGUUACUCCUCAUGUUGGACUACCAGCCCCCCCAGUUCAAGCUGGACCCACGGCUGGCACGGCUGCUGGGGAUCCACACGCAGACACGCUCGGCCAUCAUCCAGGCACUCUGGCAGUACAUCAAAACUAACAAGCUGCAGGACUCUCACGAUAAGGAGUACAUCAACUGCGACAAGUACUUCCAGCAGAUCUUUGACUGUCCACGGCUAAAGUUUUCUGAAAUUCCUCAGAGACUCACUAACCUACUGCUGCCACCAGAUCCAAUAGUGAUAAACCACAUCAUCAGCGUUGAUCCCAACGACCAGAAGAAGACAGCGUGUUAUGACAUAGAUGUAGAAGUUGAAGACCCAUUAAAAGGCCAGAUGAGUAGUUUUCUUCUCUCAACAGCUAACCAACAGGAGAUUACAGCAUUGGACAACAAGAUUCAUGAGACAAUUGAGUCCAUAAAUCAGCUAAAAAUACAACGUGAUUUCAUGCUGAGUUUCUCCAAAGAUCCCAAAGGAUACAUCCAAGACCUUCUCCGGUCCCAAAGUAGGGAUCUUAAGGUGAUGACUGAUGUUGUUGGAAACCCAGAGGAAGAACGCAGAGCCGAAUUUUAUCACGAGCCAUGGUCUCAAGAGGCUGUGAGCAGAUAUUUCUACUGCAAGAUCCAGCAGCGCCGACAGGAAUUGGAACAAUCUCUGGGAGUGCGUAACACAUAAGUCCUGCUCACAAGAUCCCAUUGGCAUCAUGACCACCAAACCAGUGGACUUUUCAGUGUUACUAGCUCACUGUUACACACGGACCUGCUUCCUGACUGGAUGGGAAUGUACUGUCAACACACCAGUCAGAACACCAGCUUUAGAGUGACCCUUGAAAGUCUUGCCCAUGGCAGGUGUCUCAAACCAUCCCAGGCCAGAGGCAGCACCAUACAAGUGUCAGUGUGAAAGAAGACUAAAGGUUCAUUCAUCAACGUGCAUUGUUAUGUUUUAGUGGAAAGUUCAGACACUACACAGCAAAUCCUGAUGGGCUAAGGUUAGAGUCGUGGGUGGCACUGAUGGGGAGGUUGAGAUAGGUGUUCUAGGAGAUGACGGCUUUAGAGAAAUAAAGGCAGUUCUCAUUCUAUGGUACCCAAGAGUCUCAAAUAGUAACUUAUCUGAAAUUAAACAAGAUAGUCUUUCUUAUAGCUGUGGAAUGUUUUAUACUCCUGAAGAGAGUUUUUAUUCCAGCUGGACCAGUGAAAGAAGCUAUCUCACCAUCUGAAAGAACAAACUAGGAGGAUUUUCAUUCUGGAAUGUGGAGCCUCUCUCAAAGAAAGACGUACAGUCGGGACAUCUCUUCUGCAGAUGCAAUUCCUUCCUCUUCCCCUUGUCUUGGCAGUGAAAGCUAGACUGUAUCACGUAUCACUAGAUGGGUAUGAUCAAUGUCCUUUACCAAGAGGAUCAUCCCUGGAGUAAGAGCUUCUUAGGCAUCCUUAAUAUCAGUGGUAAUAGCAACAAAUGAGGCAUUCUGAGAAAAUGAAAAUAACAUAAAGGUGCUUUGCUUGAACACAGCAGAUAUUAACAAUGAGCAUAUAUGUAAAGUAUCAGAUUUCUUAAAUGUUUCUCUGGGUGUGCCUGCGGGAUUCAUCACAGAAAAGAACUUCCUAAUUGUUGGUGCAGAUUCCAAGAAACUUAAUUUCAUGUAACAUGGUAGUUUUCUCUUUUCUUCAAGAUGUUAACAGAGUCCCUGGAUUGGUCUCACAUUUUGAUCAUAGGUGAACUGCCUCUUACUAUGAAUUAUUUAGUUCCCCUGUACAUGAUAUGUGCUGGUUAUGUGGUAUGCUCUUGAGUUAUAAAGCACUAUCAUCCUUAAAUAGCACAAAGAACAUAUCCCUUGGAAAUCAUCUUCUUUGUAAAUGUAAAUUCAGACUACGGGAAUUUAUAGCACAUUUACUUGGAAGCAGGGACAUCUUCCUUAAAUCCUUUCCCUCUUCAUUUUUUGUAGUGCACAGAUCAGUUGUGAUUAAUGGCCCAACAUGAAUUCUAGUCCAAAAGGCAGCUGCCAGAAUAUAACUGUCCAUUUGAUGUGGCACUCAAAAUCUUCUUCUAGGUUACUCCUUUUCACCUCCUUUCUUCACUUCCUCGGAAAGAGAAUCAAAUUCACAUGUGGUAUGGAAGGAAGGCAGCUCUUCUGAAUAACGCAUUUUUCUGUAGUAUUGCCUUUCCUCUUCUGCUACCUUUGCCAAUUUCUUUCUUAAUUUAACUUAAAAGUUUCUUCUGUCCAGUCACAGAAGAGAUAGUCUUCUACCCCUUUAUUUAAUAUCUGUGCUUUCACAUUAAUAGUGCCACAGCUUUUACUCUGUCCGUUGUGUUCAGAGAUGUCUUGGAAUAUUUACUUUUGAUUGGAGUCAUGUGAGGGCAGUACUGUCACAAAAAAACGUUGGUGUGAGAAAAAGAAUGGCUUUACCUCUUUUCCUGAGGCCUUUUACUGGGGAUGACUUCAUUUGGAACUCUUUUUUGUGUUAAAACCUCUUUUCACAGUAAAAUGUGAAAUCCUGCAGUCUUAAACUGGUUAUAGUGAGGUACUGUGAGGCUGCCAGACAGUGAUUGACUUGAAAUCUUGCUUAAUUUAGGAUUCCACUAAUUGGACUACAAGAAAGCAUUAUGAGGGAAAACAGUUGGUUUCAUCUGCUAUUGUGCUUCCAUAUUUGUUCCGCUGCUGUGUCAGUUGUGUGCACGCUGCCCAGUGUAUAAAACUCUUUUCUGUAUGUGGCAAACAGAGCAGCUGCAUUCAGGGGGUGUGUUCAGUCUGCAGGAAUAGGAAAUGCAGAGAAAGAUAUGCAAGGAUGUGAGAAGGAAACGAGACUGAGAUAGAUGCCUGCAGGAUGUCUGCCAGGAAAUUCUGGGGUUUGAGAGCCUUCCCACUGAAGUGGCAAAUAUUUGUACAGAGAAAUUUCAGUCAUGUGCCACAGCUGGCAACAUACUGGAGUCCAGCCUGCUUUUAGGGCCUCUCUGUAGAAUUAAUUGGAUGGAUCUGGUUCCAAGUCUCUUUCAGAGUAAAUUACCAAAACUAAUAUGGUGUUGCUGCCCUGUUCACAGCUGCAUCACUGAAAGCUGAAUCUGUGUUCAGCAGCAAUGCUGUAAUGAAGUGUGUGUGUGCAUGAAUCAGCCACUGCAGAUGGCAAUCCAGAAUCUAAAUUCUUACAUCCCACUGUCUAUAAAAAGACUGGUCACCAACAGUGAGUCUUAGGAAUAGCUGUCAAGUAUCUUUCCUUUGGCUAAACUGGGGUUUGAUAUUUUGAUGUCCUUUUCCUGUGUUCAGGAACAGUUCAGUUCUUUUACUGAAGAGGUACAGUGAGAAAUUUUGUCCUCUGUUCCAGCAGUGCAGCUGGGAGCUUGCUUUUUUGCAAAACAAAGAGAAAUUUUAUUUGAAGAGAAAUGAUGGAGCUAUACUGGAAGGAACUAGACCAGGUGCUGCUUGGGAGUACAAAAAUGAAAGGUAGUGGCACUGAACAGGCAGGUAAUUGUGGCAGACUGUGAAUGAGAAAUUCAUUUGAAGUUCAGGAUGGUUGUCGUUUUGUGUGUAUAAAAGAUGGUAAGAAGAUGUUUCGGGGUCUUAUUGCCACAGUACAAUACAAAUUUAUGCAUACUUAAAACAUUCUGUGCAUAGAAGUAGUUCGUGUAUAGAUGAUAAUAUAGAUUGUUAGGAAAUAGAGCAUCAAACUAGGAAAAGGUUCAACAGAAUUCUGGAGUACCAGGAGAAAGGAAAAACAUCUUGGAGCAGAAGCGUUGACAUGGCAGGUUAUAAACAGUUCUUUUUAGUCCUUUGUGCUGUUGGCCAUGAGUCAGGACUCAUAUCAUGUUUCGUAGAGAUUAAAGGGGAAACAAAUGUUUGAUUAUGGAAUAAAGAGAAAAAUACAGCAGUGGGAAAGGCAAUAAAAAGAUGGGGCAAGGUGCCACUGAAGUGCCAGUAAGACACAGCACAAAAUAAUGUGCAGAGUACUGUUGGAAAUAGCACAGUCCAUGUGAGUCGGUGUGUUCUGUGUGCAUGUGUGUGUGUGUACAGGGAGAGAGCAUGUGGGAGAGCCAGGCUCAGCUGGUGUGUAGCCUGGAAACAGGCAUGCAGGACAGAACCAAAAGUUCUGCAGAUAACUUUGAGACACACUGUCAAAACAUUUGCCACUGUUAUCAGCAGGGAUUCAGUUGUUCAAUGUAGCAGGUUGGUAGUUGUAGUGCAGACGUUGUCUCAGCUGGCAGGUUUUUUAAACCGCAUUGUUUAGAAUUUAUCCUGUGGAAGCUGAGUGAAAAUAUUAGUGCAUAUAUCAAUAUUGGUGCAUAUCCUAGGGCUCCUAAUUUUGAGAAAAUGCUGAUCAGGUAUUUGGGGUUUGUUGGCCUGGUUUUGUGUAGAGAACCCUUUUAUGGCAGUGCAAGGGGAUGAGGAGGAAAAGAAAACUCUUUUUUUCCUAAAGAAAGAGGUCUCCUUUCUGUAACUGCUCUGUUGUUUAAUAGGAUGUAUCUGUUCUGCCAGAUCCUGUAUGAUCUUUUCCAAUCUCAUUGAAGAAAGGAACUCCAUUUAAAAAAAUACAACAGUGGGUUUGUGACAGUGAGCAAAUACGUGUAUAAAGGAUGAGGGGAACAGAGAGACUCCCUCUACUCUGUAGCCACCAUGUCUUCAUUGUAUGAUGCCGAGUGAUUCGUAGAAAAGCUUUUAACAAUAAAUAUUUCGUUUCUUUGUA